CACCAACAAUGUCCACCUUUCAUCCAUUUUCCCGCCUCCCAACCGAGCUUCGCCUGCACAUUUGGGCCUUGGCAGUCGAACCUCGCAUCGUAGAGCUUCGCGUCGUACCGGACGACUCGUCACAAGUCCAGAGACUAGUCUCGCUCACGCCGGCACCGGCGAUAGUUCAAACCUGCCAAGAGUCUCGCAACCUAGGCUUGUACAAGCAGGCUUUUUCUGAGGUCACCGCCACCAAGGUUAACGUUGCUGCGGGAGCGGAGUCGCGCUAUGUCUGGCUUAACUUGGAUAUCGAUAUGGUCUCUAUUGGCAAAACGUCAUUCGAGGUUUUCAAGCCCGUCGCAUUAUCCAUCAAGCGACUAAGGUUCGAGCGAGAAAACUCCGACGAAUAUUUCUUCCACGUCGAAGUUAGAGAGCUGUGGGACUGGACGAACACGGAGGAAAUCCAUGUAGUUUGCGCGGAUGGGAUGGAGUCAUGGCAUAAGGCUUCCGAAGAGCACUUCUGGCCUUGCCCUUUAGAAAACCUAUGGUUCUUCGACCCGGACGAUGGUCGCAUGAUGAGAAGUAUCGAGAUGGAAAAGAUGCUUGACGAGCAACAGGAGGAGUCAUGGAGACGACAUGAGGGGGCUUUUGAGAAUGAUGAUGAUGAUUAG